CUCGAAUAAACUGGGGUAGGAAUCAUGUCUACACUUCAUGCUCAGCGCCGCGCUGCGGCAACUUCGCAGCGAUCGGAUGCAAAGAGCAUCCCUAGCUUCUCAGGCGUGGCCUUUCGUGGAGCAUGUGUGACACGUCCUGCCUCCGUCCGCAAUGCUCGCUCCACAGCUGUCAGGUCUCGACGCGUUUCCCAGGUGAAGGCGGUUAUUGAGGCGCCCCAGCUGCGGUAUGAGCCGGCGACGAAGGCUCGCACUAGUACCGUGCUGUCCAUCAUCCUGGGAGGUGGCGCCGGCACGCGCCUCUUCCCGCUCACCAAGUCUCGCGCCAAGCCCGCGGUCCCCAUCGGCGGCGCCUACCGCCUGAUCGACGUGCCCAUGUCCAAUUGCAUCAACAGCGGCAUCUCCAAGAUCUACAUCCUCACGCAGUUCAACUCCACCUCCCUCAACCGCCACCUGGCACGCGCCUACAACAUGGGCAGCGGAGUGCGGUUCGGCGGGGACGGGUUCGUGGAGGUGCUGGCGGCCACACAGACGCCCACGGAUAAGGAGUGGUUCCAGGGAACCGCCGACGCCGUACGGCAGUACUCCUGGCUGCUUGAGGACACCAAGAACCGGGCGAUUGAGGACGUGCUGAUUCUGUCUGGGGACCACCUCUACCGCAUGGAUUACAUGAAGUUCGUCAACUACCACCGCGAGACCAACGCGGACAUCACCAUCGGCUGCAUCGCGUACGGCGAGGAGCGGGCGCGCGACUUUGGGCUCAUGCGCAUCGACGACAAGCGGCGAGUGACGGCCUUCGCCGAGAAGCCCAAGAGCCCGGAGGCGCUGGAGGCCAUGCGUGUGGACACCACCGUGCUGGGCCUGACCCCCGAGGAGGCCGCUGAGAAGCCGUACAUCGCCAGCAUGGGCAUCUACGUGUUCAAGAAGAGCGUGCUGGUGCAGCUGCUGAAUGAGACGUACGCCAAGGCCAACGACUUUGGGGGGGAGAUCAUCCCGAAGGCCGCCGCCGACCACAACGUGGUUGCCUACCCCUUCUACGGCUAUUGGGAGGACAUCGGUACCAUCAAGAGCUUCUUCGAGGAGAACCUCAAGCUGUGCAGACAUCCCGUCACGUUCGAGUUCUACGACCCGCAGAGCCCCAUCUACACCUCCCCCCGCGUGCUGCCGCCCGCCACUGUUAAGAACUGCAAAGUGACGGACGCGAUCAUUGCGCAGGGUUCCUUCGUGGAGGACUGCUCCAUCAACAAUGCGGUCAUCGGGAUCCGCUCCAUCAUCGGAUCCAACUGCACCAUCCAGGAUGCGCUCAUCAUGGGGGCCGACUACUACGAGAGUGACGAGCAGCGGGCGGCGCUGCUGGCUGCGGGCAAGGUGCCGGUGGGUAUCGGCGCCAACAGCCUGGUCAGCAACGCCAUCAUUGACAAGAACGCGCGCGUGGGCAAGAACGUCACCAUCGUCAAUAAGUCGGGUGUGGAGGAGGGCGCGCGGGAGGCGGAGGGCAUCUACAUCCGCUCCGGCAUCGUGGUGAUCGACAAGGGCGGCGUGGUGGCGGACAACUCGGUCAUCUAAGACGCGGCAGGACAUGACGAGACGAGACGGGACCAGACGAGACCAGACGAGAUGGGCUAGGUGGGCAUGGAGGCGGCUUCCUUACUAAUUGAUGCCGAUUGUAACAGCGACGAGGGUGAAGACCGUGCAGACACGCUAGCUAGCCGGUGACACACAUGAUGAGAGGCGGUAGGGUGCUUGACCAGGAGUGGGCGGUUGGGCGUUGAAUAGGGGUGCUGCUGGCGGCUAUGGCAGCCGCUAGUGCGGGAGUUUUGGGUAGCGGCUAGCGGGUAUAGGGGUGAAUCCCCUUUCCCGGCAACAUUCUUUGACCGGCUGUGCGUUUUUGUGUUUCUUUUGCUGCUGAAGGCUCCAUGUCUUGUUUAGGAAAGGGAUAUAUUGCAUGCGGUGGUAGCUAGGUGGGGAUGCUACAUGCACAUCCUUGCAUGCAUGCAUGGAGAGGAAUGCUGCAAUCCGGUUUGUACGGGCACGUAGUGCUACAUACAGCGUGCAUGGCUGCAUGCAGUGAAUGCAACAUGCAUGGCAGGAGGUUUUGCGACAUCCCCAUUGGGGGGUUGGUUGUUGGUUGUACUGCAUGUGCGCGGUGCCGUACACAUGCAUGGGCGCAGCAUGAGGUGAUGGAUACGGGUUGUGGAUGCGGGUUGCGUUUUCCACAGAUUUGUACGACGGUUUCGUGUGAGAUGUACAACAUAAUUGGGCUGUUUUAUUGCUGCCUUUGCCCAUGUGUAGUGUGUAAUAACUUCAGCUGCUUGUUAACCGACUGAGCGGCUGAACAGUUAUGUAACAUAUAACCAGA